UGUCAUUACACACACACAUACAGAAAAGUAAAACCAAGUAAUACAUGAAGAAUUGGCAAAAUGGUGAAGAAAACUGGGGAUAAGGAGAACACCGCUUUGUUAAUCAGCGAGAAGGAAAUGCAGGAUCGUGAGAACAAGUAUGUUCAACAUUUGCAGGAUGUCAGUGUGAGCUGUGGCUACAUUAGAGAGGCAACCACGGAGUGUGAGCGACUAGAUCAAGAGAAAGCGAAGCAGGAUCAUUGGGAGCAUUUCAUACGCUGUGACGGUUUGCCUCGUCCCUAUAUUCCGCCCGAGAUGCGAACCUUUCUGGCCAAGAAGCGACACUAUCAACAGUUCGACUGUGAUCACAGUGUGGACUGGACACUGUCGGUGGAUGAGAACACCAUUUUAACUCAAAACGUCUUUCGCACGGAUAAAACCCGCAACACAAUGAAGGAGACGAUGAACGAUCAUGUGGGUGAUCGCUUUGAGAACGAUAUCACAAUGUUUCUCGAUACGCUGGUUAAGAUCGAGUGUAUGUUGGACAAUGAAACAGAAAUGGCACGUGUUAGUUUUGAGACAAAAAUGGAGAUUAUGGAUGCACGUAAAGAAAUCGAGGAGGAAAUCGAAGCGAGUUUUGAUCGCUUGACAUAUCGCAUUAUACGUAUGGAUGGCGUUUACAUGAACUCAGCUCAAGCGAUGCCAUUGUGGCCACUUGGGGUCACGUAUGCGAACGAUAUGCCAUCGAUAUCUGGGGAUUGCGUAAUGUGCCCAUACGCUUCGAUCAAAUGCUCGCACCUCUGAUGCUGGCCGAGCUGACGCAUGUGGGUGUCACUGUGCAGAUGCCAUUGAGCGUGCUCCACGAUUGCCUUACUCUCCGCUGCAUUCACACACAUUUCGACAACUGCUCGCAGUAUGCCAA